AAAAAGAAACAUCCUUUUCCGACUCUCUCUGUCAAAAGAACCGACGCUCUUCUCGUCUUCCCCUGAUGCUAUAAAACCGCCAUAGCCACAAACCAUUCAGAUCUCCCAAGAGUAUAUUUGCAGCCUGUUUCUCCUUCUCCCUCUCCCCACAUCAAAGUUUGCUCCUUUUCUACUGCAAAGAUCGUAGCUUUUCUCGCGCUAGGAGCCCUUCGUUUCUCGUGUUUCUCUUUGUCCAUUCCAAUCCGAUUUGCCGCGAUGGGUGUUGCGGUUUUACAUCCCCAGAGCCACUUGGUAGCCGACCCUCUCUUCCCCAGAAAGCGCGGCCUGUUGCGGCCCCCGGCGAAGGCGCCGGCCAAGGCCAAGCCCAACGCUAACCGCGCCCACCAGAACCGCCGGAGGAAGAGCUCCGCCAAGUCCCCGGCGACCCCGCCGCCCCCCGCGCCGCCGGCCAAGAGCCUCGUCGUGGGUCAUGUCAGGAUCCUGAAGCGCGGCGAGGUGGUCGCCUCGCCGGCCACGGCUCCGGAGUCGAAAGUCGAAACUGGAGCCGAAAGGACGGAGGAAGUCGCGGCCAGCGUGAGCCCAGCUCCGGAAACGGCUCAAGCCCGGGCCCAGAAGGCCGAGCCGGCCGCCCGGGUCAGUGCCGGGCCCGACCGAGUCCUGGCCGGGUUCUACGCCGGGUCGGCGUUCAUCACGUCGCCGCCGCCUAGCUCGGUCCCGAUGCCGGCGUUUUUCAAUAAGAAGACCGAUGGUCUCGUGGGAUUCGUCGACCCGACGAGCGAUCUGAGGCGGCUUUUGCGGCUGGAUUAGCAGAUGACAGCAAAAUCGGGGGUGUUCCCGAUGGUUUUUCAUACUAAAGUUUGGAACUUGAUGGUGUUUUUCCGAGCUCCGCGACUCUCGAUCCUUCCCUUAUUUUUUCAAGGGGGAGGCCGAGGUCGUCGCGGCUCAGUUAAAGCGAUAGUUGUUUAGGUGACUGGCGACUACUACCGACUCUUUCUUUAAGGUUUAUGUAGCUAGGCUCUAAUUGUCUGUACAGCUUCGUCUCGAAAAGACCCAGUUUUUUCCUCACUUGGGUAGGUUUCAUUCGUGUCUUCUUGUAGCUGAAUUUAGAUUGGUGUUAAGCCUUGAUACGUAGACGUCUGUUUCCAUUUGUUUCUCUCUUUUCUGUUUGUUGGGUUGGGGAAGAUUACAGCUUUGUAUUGUGUUGUCUAGUUUCGAGUUCCUGGUUAAUUUAUAGAGUAUGAAACCUCUGUGAUGAUGUAGUAGCAGCAGCAGCAUCCUCAAUGAAGUUAUAUCAUCUUUUUCGUUUGUGAAA